AUGUCCGGAAGCUUUCACAUGCGCGAGCAUGUGAAAUCCUUCGACUUUAUGACAAAAGAAUCGCAUUUCAAAGGAUUUUGCGCCCAAGAUGGAAAACUUGAGGCUGAAGUCGAACCGGCUGCUAUUCUGGAGUUGGUGCGGAGGUAUGUUGAAGUCAUGAUAGACCAUGUACUAGGCAGGCCUUCCACUCAGUUCCGAAAGAUCCAGGUCUUUGCAGUCGUUGCCUUUUGGCUAUUAUACCUUCUAAAGGGAAACAAGAAUGGUCCUCCAGGGGUACGAACUCUAUCGUCGCUGCUGCAUCGGCGUAUGACACCAUGGCAGGCCACCGUCAUGACCAUGUUAACGCUAUAUGUCUCUCGCAACUUUGCCAAACUGGUCGGUUUGGAGUCCCCAGAGCCCCUUGCGAAUCUGUACUCUCGUUCCUACUUUCGGGCAACCUGGAUAGUCACUGCGCUGGAUGCUGGGUUUUGGACUGCAAUGAACAUACGCCGGAAAUGGCUAAGGGAUCUGGCAUCGCUAGUCUUUUCUAUAUACUACCUUUUCGCAGCUGAACAGGCGGAUGAGAAGGUGCGAAAAGUCAGAGCUACUUUGACCGUAGAGCAUCUGCGUGUCUCAUGGAAUAAGCUGGCUACCCCUUACCUCUCAUUUCUCUCAAGGCUUCUUCGGCCCCGUUUCUGUCGGCGCGAUCCAGUUGCCAUCCGGAUACCACGACCCCGGGAGUCAUCAUACAAGGACCCGGUUGACGCAUGGCUUUAUUUUGAUGGCCCUCUUAGCAGCCUUCGGGACCAGACGGAUAUCGUCCUUGAUAUCCCUGGAGGCGGAUUCGUUGCCAUGGGCCCACGGGUCAGUGAUGACCGCUUACUUGCUUGGGCUGGCAAGACGGGUGUUCCAAUUCUCAGUCUUGAUUACAAAAAGGCACCCGAAUACCCAUAUCCAUAUGCUCUGAAUGAGUGUUACGAUGUAUAUCACACUAUUGUGAUGAGUCGAGGGAGAUGCCUAGGACUGAGUGGGAAGACAUGCCCACGGAUUAUUGUGACGGGUGAUAGCGCUGGUGGAAGUCUUGCAGCAGGGCUGACUUUGAUGAUUCUUCAAUCCGGCAGUACAGACUCCCGGAAGUGGAGAGGUGAAUAUUGCCUGCCGGUUCCCGUGGGCCUUGUGCUGGUGUACCCGAAUCUAGACUUGAAUAUUGGAAGCUGGAUGACAGACGAGGAGUUAUCUUUGAUCAGAGAAAGGGGAAUGCGGAAAACAAAUCGAAAUAUUCUGAGGCGUAAGAGUGAGGAUUACUAUAAACUGACUCCGUCGACUCCACGUCCCUCAGACGAUGACCUUGCAGACGAUACUACUAGUCAUUCCAAGUCGUCCACAAAAGAAGGAUCGAAACAUAUAUCUGAUGUCCCCGUGGGGUCUUCCACUGUUGCGACUGACAUGGCCUGUCAAUCUGGAGAUGCAAGCCUUGCAUCCAAAAUGGAAGGGUUAGCUGAAAAGAAACCAAAGAAACUGCAGACUCGACUUGCCGUUACUUCUAUGAUAUCCUAUGUCAAUGAUCGCAUCCUCACCCCUGAGAUGAUGAGGGCUAUGAUAAUACUAUACAUUGGUCCCUAUAAUCGUCCAGACUUCAGCACAGAUUUCCUUCUCUCUCCCAUGCUUGCUCCAGAGGCUCUUCUAGCCCAAUUUCCGAAGACCUACUUUAUGACAGGGGAACGGGACCCGCUGGUAGACGAUACAGUGAUAUUCGCUGGGCGUCUUAGACAAGCUAAACUUCAUCGGUUCCGUGAACGGAAGGAAUUAGGUCUUGAGAAGCCUGGAAAGAGGUUUGACGAAAAAGAGCAUGUUGAAGUGACUUUGAUACCUGGGAUAUCUCACGGAUUCAUGAGUAUAGUUGGGGUUUUUCCUGAGGGCUGGAAGCAUGUAUUCAGGACUGCCAGGUGGGUAACGGAUAUUUUCAAUUCCACUGAUCCUUCUAGCUCUGAUGAGGCGAGAGAAUUUAAGGCCUCUCUCCCACAGCAGCGACGAGUCAUGCCCAGUCUCAACCCAUCACUACCAACGGUAGACGUCGAGACAGGGAAACAGAGCGAUGGAAGCACACGGCACCGUCAUCACGAACGCCACUUAACAAGUGAAUCAUCUGGUGAUGAAGACGGGCCAUUGGAAAUUAGCAUGUUGAAAAUGACCAAGAUAUCCCCUUCGCCUCCAGCGUCACAGUCUAAUUUCGGAGCCUCGGCCACUUCACCACUGAAACUGAAAGCUCCUGCGCCAAAACGAAAUAUACGGCGACCGAAUGCUGCAAAAUUAUCUCUUACCCCCCUCCCAGCCAAGAAGGAGGAAAUCCUGCGUAGUUCGGACGAUGUAAGCCACAGUGAGAAUGACUUGGUGCGGAUGAGACAGAUGAUAUCAGGGUUACGACGUGAAGCAAGUUUGACGAGUUUGCCGAGCCAUGAAGAUUUACUGAAUAGACGGAUGGACGGGUUGGCUGGCGGGCUUAUGGGUAUAGGAGAAGAAGCAAAGACUCCGUGA